AUGCCCAUUUCAAGAAACUUUGUUGUUCCGGCCUCUGCGAAGCAGCUCCGACUGCCCGAUGCCGCCUCAAAAGCGUUCGUCAUUUUCAUCUCCUCGGAAGACCCCGAGACCAAGCAGCCGUGGUGCCCCGACGUUCGGGCUUCGUGGCCACACAUCCAGGCCGCGUUUGGCGGGGAGAAUGCACCAACGGUGUCUGUGGUUGAAGUUGGCCAAAGGCCAGAGUGGAGGAGUCCAGAGAAUGUGUUUAGAAAGAAUUGGAACGUCAAUGGCGUACCCACGCUGGCCAAGUACGAGCGUGUUCAUGGGGAGAUUGUCGAGACGGCUCGGUUGGACGAGAGUGGGAUUAUGGACGAGGCCCAGUUGCGAGGGUUUAUUGGUUGA